UUUGACACACAUUACCCAUCAAGCCCCGCGCGUAAUAACACUACGAUUCGAAAUUCUAUGGCAACGGGAGAGGACUUUCUCUCCCAGGAAUCCUCACUUUUACUGCAAUUAUGUGGAUUUUAUGGUGACUUUGGUGAAUUAAGACGCUAGGGGACAACAUGAAGAAGCUCACGAGGAAGGUGUCCAAGGUUCUGGGCCGCUCCAGCACGACUUCGAUCGGCAGCGGCCCGAGCGUCGGUGGGGAGGGCGCGCACGGGUCGCGUCUGUCGCUGACCGGCUCGCUGUCCGCCUACGAUGUGCGCGAGAAGGACAUGGGAAAGGUGCACAAGGCGGCCUGGACGGGCGACAUGAAGAAACUGCAGCAAGCCCUGAAGAAGGGAGACAUCAACGCCCUGGACAAGGAAAACAGGACUCCCCUGCAUCUAGCGUGUGCACGAGGCAACGUGGAAACUGUGCAAUUCCUGUGUGAGAACAACGCCAAGCUGAACGUGUGUGAUGAUGACAUGAGGUCACCCCUCAUGAAGGCCGUGCAGAGCCAGUUUGACGAGUGCACCGCCAUCCUGCUUGAACACGAGGCCGACACAAACCUGGUGGAUAAAGACGGGAACACCGCGCUGCACCUGUCUGCUCUCAUUCCCAGCCUCCCCGCUGCAGAGGCACUGCUCAACCACGACGCAAGGAUAGAUACUCAGAACAAGUCUGGCAGCACCCCCCUCCAUUUGGCCACCUACCAGGGUUAUGACGACUUCUGUGAAUUUCUGCUCAAGGAAGGGACAAAUAUCGAUGCUCAGGAUAACAAGCAAAGGACUCCCCUGAUGCUGGCCGGUAUGCUGGGUCAUGUCGGCCUGGUGAAGCUGUUGCUGGAGAACAAUGCUGACACCAACAUCCGGGACAACCGUGGCUGGACAGCGGAGGACUGCGCCAGCACUGCAGGACAGCACGCGGCUGCUCAUCUGAUCGUGGACCACUCUUUGAAGACUUCCAGAGGGAGGGGAGCCACAGGAAGGAAGAGCCACUCCCCCUCCAUGUUCAACCCCCCGAGUCCGUCCAACGUUGACCCCCUCGGAUUUGCGAUUGGGGGACCGGCUGGCGAUGAAAUGGAUGAUGAUGACCACCCCUAUGAGGAGGUUCCUUACAGAAGAGACUCCCCACAGUCCAGGUCUGAUGCUGAGGACUCCUGGGCAGCAUCAGAGCCCAGCGCUGCAGAACCCAAACCGGCUCAGAAGCCGAAGUCUGUGCCCAAACUGACCCGGUACCUCAGCAGAUCCGAUGAGUCCCUCCCAGAAGAGAGGGAGUCUGGGUCACAGAGGGGUCGUGGGCGGGAAUCUCGAUCCCCGCGCACCCCCCGGGAUGGCGGGGACUCCUGGGCUGCCUCGGACGGAGACAGGAGCCCGUCCCCUGCUGCUGACUCCUGGGGACCCUCCGAACCAGAGAGCAUCGGAGAAAAGAAGCCUCAGGGUAAGAAGAUGAACUUGGCCAAGCUCCUGAAGUUGGACAAAGAUGACAAGUCACAGAAGAGUGAUGGGAAAGAUGGCGCGUCAAUGACUCCAAGAGGGGAAAUGUCGCCGCGAACGCAGGACUCCCAGAAUUCCCCUCCCCUUUCCCCAACAUCGCCCAAGGAGGACCAACCAUUUGUGCCACAGAAAGAGGAUAAGGUCUCCCACCAGGAUACCCAGAAUUCCCCUCCGCUCUCCCCCACCACACCCAAAGAACAACGGGAGUCCGAAUCCCAGUGGGACUCGUCACCUGCCGUCUCUCCCUCGCCCAAACGCGGAGCAAGUUCGGACUCGUCUGACAGUGAUGAGGAGUCCCCCACUUCUCCUAGAGGGCCCUCUCCUAUUGUACAGGGCCCAGUAAAGUCCCCCCCUCUGGUGCCAAGGCUGCCGGAUUUGGAGGACUCCGUGUCGGAAUGGGACUCCAGCGCCCCUCCCACCCCCACACAACAGAAUGGUAGCACCCAUGACAUGCUGGAUAGGUCUGGCUCCUCUAACAGGACUCCGAGGUCAGAGGAAAAGAGGGAGUCUGGCUCGACAACACCGCCGGGCUAUCAAAAGGAGCAGCGUGGGGAUGGGUCACCAGCCUCCCCCAGGGACAAGCUGUCCCCCCGAGCCCGGGGCUCCCCACCCCUCACCCCCACCCCCCGGGAUAGGCAGGGGUCGGACUCGCAGUGGGACACCACGCCCCCAGCCACCCCCACCCCCAGGCAGAAUGCUAAGUACAGAAAGGAUAGGAACUCUCUUACAUUACUUAGAGAAAUAUACGUCAUUCAAUUGGCCCCAGAAAAGUCGCCUGAAAUUCAGACCAUCUACAAUGUUUAUGACAACUUCUUCAACGGAUCUGACCUGUGGUCGGGCUGGUACCUUGGGUGA